ACGUCACUUCCGUCUGAGUAAUUCAUUCUCGCAGUUGGAGGAGGAGCCAGAGAAUUUCCUUUUUCGGUAAUAAGUGAAGUUAGUUUCUGUGGUGUGACGGUUCGUGGUAUUUGAGGUUUAGUAGCUAGCAGAGAAGAGUGCAUGGUGUUAUUUUACAUGCCAUUGUAAGUUGGAAGAUUAUAUUUAUAUGAGCCAGGAGCAAGUCACAAUGCGUGCAUGGUUCCUGUUAUUUCUGUUGGUUCCUUUAGUUCUAACACAAGGGGAGAAGAAACAUAGUAUUCAGGAUCCUUGUGCUCCCAAAACAACAUGUCAUGAAUGUAUUCAGACACCCACAUGUGCUUGGUGCUCUGAACCUUGGGAUAUGACAGAUCGGCAAUAUCUGGAGCGGAAACGUUGCUUCCUACCAAGUAUUAAUGUGGAUCAACAGUUCCAAUGUAGUGCUGCUUUCAUUGUGAACCCAAGCAACAAUUACACGCUUCUCCAGUACAAUGCUCUUACCAAUGCAAGUGCAAGCAGGAAGAUAUCUCAAAGUAGCUAUAAUCAUACCAGCAGCUACUGGUCAAGCCAUGAAGCUGUACAGAUCUAUCCUCAGCGAGUUUCACUCAAGCUAAGGAUCAAUGAGGCAUUUAGAUUCACUGUCAGCUAUUCACAAGCCCAAGAUUAUCCAGUGGAUUUGUACUACCUCAUGGAUUUGUCAAAGUCAAUGGAGGAUGAUAAGGAGAAGCUGUCUGUUCUUGGAGAUCUUCUUGUUGAGAGUAUGCAGAAAAUAACAUCUGACUUCAGACUUGGAUUUGGGAGCUUUGUGGACAAAGUUGUUAUGCCAUAUGUCAGCACUGUUCCAAAAAAACUAGCAGAGCCCUGCACUGGUUGUGAGGCCCCAUAUGGAUUCCGAAACCACAUGUCUCUCAGUGGCAAUGUGCAUGGAUUUUCUGGUGAAGUACGGCGUGCAGCAGUGUCUGGCAAUUUAGAUGCUCCUGAAGGCGGUUUUGAUGCUAUUAUGCAGGCUGUGGUCUGUAGAGAGAAAAUUGGCUGGAGAGAGAAAGCAAGGAGAUUAUUGGUCUUCUCAACUGAUGCUGGUUUUCACUAUGCUGGAGAUGGAAAGCUUGGUGGUAUUGUUAAGCCAAAUGAUGGAGAGUGCCAUCUGGAUACAGGCGGAGAGUACACUCACUCAACGCUACAGGAUUAUCCAUCAAUAUCACAAGUGAACCUCAAGGUUCGUCAGAAUGCUAUCAAUGUGAUCUUUGCUGUGACAUCUGAACAGAUCAGUGUUUAUGAUCGGCUCAAGGAUAAUGUUGAAGGAGCCUCAUCAGGAAUGCUGUCAAAUGACUCUUCCAAUGUAGUGGACCUCGUGCGAGAGCAGUAUGAUAAAAUUUCUUCCUCUGUUGAGAUGAAGGAUAAUGCAACGACAGAUGCAGUUAAGGUGACGUACUAUUCUGCCUGCAAAGGAAGUGGGCCCGCUAUUCAGACAAACAAGUGUGAUGGCCUGAAGGUUGGUGAUGUUGUCAAGUUUGAGGCAGAGGUGGAGGUUACGAAUUGUCCAUCAGAUCCUAGGAAAUGGAAGCAGAUCUUCAAAAUCUAUCCAGUUGGAAUUAAUGAAUCUCUCAUAGUCGAUCUGGAAAUGCUUUGUAGCUGUCCUUGUGAAGAGGAAGGUGAUCAAUGGUUUAUAAGAAAAGCUGAGCAGUGCUCAAAGUUUGGCACAUACAAGUGUGGCAUUUGUGAGUGUGAUAAGACACAUUUUGGACGAACCUGUGAAUGUGAUAGUGAUAAUAUUCAUGGAGCCCCUGGACUCCCUGUGGGUGGUUGCCGACUCGACAACACAUCUGUGGUUGACUGUUCAGGGCGAGGCACCUGCGUAUGUGGAGUAUGUGAAUGUGAGACAAGAGAGAACCCUGAGGAGGUGAUCUCAGGCCAGUAUUGUGAGUGUGACAACUUCUCCUGUGAUUAUGCCAAUGGAUUGUUGUGUUCUGGUCCAGAUCAUGGCACUUGUGUGUGUGGCAAAUGUCAGUGCAAGCCAGACUGGACAGGUGAAGCAUGUGAUUGUCGAGCUUCUAGCAUCACCUGUAUCCCACCAGGCGGUGGAGAAAUUUGCUCAGGCAAUGGAGACUGCAAAUGUGGGGCUUGUGAGUGUUAUGAAGGGAAAGAAGGACGUUACACAGGAAAAUUCUGUGAGAAGCUUCCAAGCACCUCUGGAAGAUGCCUGGAAUUUAAAGAUUGUGUACAAUGCCAGAUGUACAAGACGGGGUCUCUCACUGCAGAGGAAUGUUUAGGCAAUUGUACUUUCACACCUAGCUCUGUUGAUGUCAUAGAAGUUCAUGAGGAGGCUGGAGAAGUACUAUGUGCUUAUUUUGAUGAAGAGGACUGCCUUUUUGCAUAUGUGUACACUUACUCUGAUAAUAAUACUCUCAUAGUAAGAGCACAGGAAGAGCGGGAAUGUCCCCCGGAAAUCCAUGUUCUUGGUAUUGUAUUGGGAGUCAUUGGAGCCAUUGUUCUGAUUGGGUUGGCCCUGUUGCUACUGUGGAAACUAUUGACAACUAUUCACGAUCGCCGUGAAUUUGCGAAAUUUGAAAAGGAGCGCAUGAUGGCCAAGUGGGACACAGGUGAAAAUCCAAUUUACAAGCAAGCAACUUCCACCUUCAAGAACCCAACAUAUGCUGGAAAGUCGUGUUAACAGUCUGAAGAAUUUAACCCUUUUACUUCCAGGUGCAUACGCUGAGUCUCAAAAAUCAGUUUGUUUGACUCAUAAAAAGUAGCUGUAAAUUCAGUUCUAAACAUGAGUGAGAAAUAAUGAAAAUGAUAUAUAUAUAUACCAUAUAAUGGUGCUAUGUCAAAUAUAGUUUCAAACACAAACUGAGUAAGCUUUGUAUAUGUAGAAUAUUUUAUGAUGUAUGGCUUUUAAGCCAGUUCUGAUGGUUGGCAAAUUGAGGACUUUCUUAUGUAGGCACUUAGGAAUGAUGAGGGUUAAAGCAGCUCCUUAGGCUGUGAAAAGCAGUGCAGGAACGUAUUGCAGGCUGUAACAAUACAUUUAAAGAAUCACAAUGAAUAAGUAGGCACAUGAAAUAGUAUGCCAUAAGUGUUGACGGUUCCAUGUUUGUGAUGAUACAACUACUUACAGUCAGGUACAGGUAGGAGCGCUACUUUUACCCACUAUAUAGUUCUUCUGACCACUUCUAACAGUGCAAGUCAGUGUUCUUUCAUGUCAGUCAGAAGCUUCAUGUUAGUGCUAAGGGUGACAGUGUCAUGUCCUCUCAUAGCACCACUGCCGUUUCUAACACCACGUUGACUGUUUGCCAGUUAUAGUGUAUGCGUAGCCUCCAGACACUAUUUAAGAAAAACAUCUUUUUACAAAGAAGAAAUCACAACUCGUAAACUAAUCCACUUGUCUAGAGAAGUUAAAUGCUGGAGUGUACAGGAAUAUUCACAUUUAUGCAGUCACUAGCUUGCUUUCUCUAUUACUGAAACUUAAUCUGUCUCUUUUUGUACCUAAAACUUUGUCACUGAUAAUAAUUUUACUGCUUACUACUUUAUUUAAGUACUGUCAUAAUUAAUCUUCAUCCAUGUUGAAAUGACUUGUAAGUAAUUCAUUCUUUAAUUUGUUGAAGGUAUGAUAAAAUUUAUUGAUUCUGUCUGUCAUUAUCCCUCAAUUUAAUUUCAUUAUUCAUGGUCUUGUAUGUAAUAUAGAUAAGAGUUAUUAGAACUACUCAAGAGUUUGUUGUAUAUACAGCAGUGCAAUCUUUGGGAAUAAUCCGUGUAGGAUGUUGUAAAUUUCCUGUAACCACAAACAUUGUAGUUGCCUUCUUCAGGAAGAAUAUUCAUAGGGAGGUUUAGAAGCCUGGCAGAGGGCAGUCAGUGGGAGAUCAUGGCAUGAUCGGACGAAGUAGAGGAGUGGGAUGCUAUCCAGUAGGUAGCGGUUGUAUGGUUGAGGAAAAGCUAUGAUAAAGGAGAUGGUGAGGAAGAAAUGUUUAGCAAUUGUAUUAUGAGGAAAAGGGGUGAAGAAAAAUUUUAGGGACCACAUGGUUAGGAGAAGAGGUGGUGCAAUAGUUUCAUUGACUCUGAUUAAGAAAGGAUGUAGUAAAGUUUGAUUUGUUUGUUGAUGUAGUAAAAUUUUUUUUUGUGACAGUGUGGUUAAGAAAAGUUGUGAUGAAGGAAGUGUUAGCAGCUGUAUGGUUAGGAGGAGAAUGAUGAAUGAUGUUUAGGAAAAGUUUUCAUGGUCGUGUGGAUAGGAAAGAAGAAGAAGAUUAAAUGUUAAUGACCAUCUGAUUAAGGGAGUCAAUGGAAAAGAUUUUGGUGAACACAGAAAAAGUGGAAAUGUUUCAAGAUUUUACAUGGCUUAGUCUUAGAAGCUGAAAUUAUAUGUUCAACUUCAGCCAGGAAAAUGUAAGGACAAGAACCUGUACAUUACUAACAGUAAUGUGAAAGGUAUAGAAAGCUUUCAUUAGCGAAGGACAUAAUUUUCUGAUGGUGGUUUGAAAGUGAAAACUGAAGAAUGAUUUUAUAUGUAGAUGGUCCAUGAAAUGCUGUUAACACUUCCUAGCACAUACUUCAGCCAGUAAAACAGUGGAAGAUGGUGCCAUGUUUGAGCCUGGCAUGCUUUAUAACAUUACAUUUUGUAUUGCAAUUGUUACAGCCUGUAUACACAGUUUAGCUUUGUUUUUGUCAAUAUACAACUAUUUUUAUAUAUUUUUAACAAUAUAAUUUAUUUUAAAUGCUUUAACUCAUCACCUUGCUAAUAAAGACCACAUGUCAGGAACUUUGGUAAGUCUAUAACAAAGAGUACAUAAUUCUGUACCAGCAGACAAGAAUAUGUACAUUUUGUUGUUCUGAAACAGCUAGGAGAGGUCGCAGUCUUGCAUACAUUUCUGGGGGUUUGGCCAUUGCUAAAAGGAGAGUGGACUGUCUUUUUCUUUUUGUGGCAAAUUAACUAUAGAAUCUCCUUUGUGGAUUAGAAGAAGCAUUGUAGAGAUGCAGUGGGUGGAACAACCAGUAUGUAUUGGGUUAACUUAGAUCUUGAAUUUCUAUGAUUUCCUUUAGCCACGUUCUUGGUCAGAAAGCAUGGCAUGUCUGUGCUGAGCUGGAGGAUGUUAACAUGUAAGAUUUGAGGCUUUCACGGCGGUGACUAUGAAGAAAGCAGUCUUCUGGGAUUUGGCACCAUGUA